GAUUGGGGAUGGUCAACAAGAGUACAGACAAAACCAAGACGUACUUCAGAACCAUGGGAACUAUUUCGCAAGUUUGGUCAAGGUGGAAGUGGUUACGAGAAACUUGCAUCAGCCAUAGGUGUCGCUGCUGCUGAACCUGACGAGAUCGCUGUGACUGACUGGCGGAAGAAACGAAUGGUGAUUUUCAACAAUCAGGGGUGUACUAAGUACAUCAUUCAAGUCAAGACAACUGAUGUUGUCGCUACGUCAAAGUCGUGGGUGUGUGCUAACCCAGAGAAGGUGUUCGUAUAUCGUCAAGACGCGACGUUAGCCUAUGAGUUCCCCACUGUACCAAUGUGGGAUUUUGGUGAGGUUGGAGUGAUGCUUGUGAGUGUAGCCGUCAUGAAGAACGGUAACAUCCUAGUGGGGGAUAUGCACAGGAUGGUGUUGACCGAGCACAAACCCGAUGACGGUAAACUCAUACACACCAUACCAGUGGAGAUUGCACCUAACUGGUUGGCUGUGAUGAGCAACGGUUGGAUCGUGAUCAGUGACGAGAAAAAGGGACAAGUUGCCAUAGUGGAUGUUUCUGAUGGCAACGCUACCCAGGUUACCACAAUCAAACCAAUCAUCGACGGUCAACCGGUGAAAUACUGCAGAGGUGUGUCCAGUAACGGCGAGGACAUUUUCGUAGCUGCGGUCAAAAGUUACCCCGGCACCGGUCACAUUCACAAUUACCAUUAUACAGGACGGUUUGUCAGCUGUGUUGCGCGGGAUUUGCACUGGCCCAUGGGAAUUACACUCACAGCAGAUAGGCAGCGGCUGGUAGCCGCUGACUGGUACUCCGUCAAGAUAUAUCACCAGUUGUAUCGUAAUACCACUUCAUAG